UAUCGAGCGCAGACUCAGGAGACUGGGGUUUAUGUUGAGCAGUCUAGCAGUGAGAGCAAAAAGUUACUUUUAUACGAUUACUUAUUUAUAUGUUUCCUACAUUUGGAAAAAAACUAACAGCUACUAUUUAUCUCAACAAAAUGUGUCGACUAAGUAGCAUAGCGAAGUUACUAUGAAGACUAAAAUAGGCUAACGUUACUUGUAAAAUGUAAAAAAAAAAGGAAGCGUUCUGCCUCUUAAGAAUGGUUGAUUAUUUGCGGUUGUAUUGGUGUGGUCUUGUUAAAGCUCUCACAUGAUGAGCUCCCUACCCCCUGUGAAAGGAGACAGGAUCAUCUGUGAACUCCCUUUGUACUUUACAAGGGACGCUGCAGUGCACACCAAAGAUGGCUUUAAUGUUACCGUUAAAGAGGCAUGUCACAGACAUAAAACAGGCCUUUCUCACAUAGGGAGCUUUGGCUGGUCCCCACAAAACAGAUUAAAUGUAGCCAAGGUCAUUGUUGUUGGCGACGUGGGAGUUGGAAAGACCUGUUUAAUAAACAGAUUCUGCAAAGACACGUUUGACAAGACAUACAAGGCAACUAUUGGAGUGGAUUUUGAGAUGGAGAGAUUUGAGGUCCUCGGGGUGCCCUUUAGUUUGCAGUUAUGGGAUACAGCAGGUCAGGAAAGGUUCAGAUGCGUCGCAUCAACAUACUACAGAGGAGCUCAAGCCAUCAUUGUUGUGUUUGACCUGAGCAAUUAUAACUCUUUGGAUCACGCAAGAGAGUGGCUUGAGGAUGCCAUGAGAGACAAUGACCCUUCUAGUGUCCUCCUCUUCCUCGUGGGAACCAAAAAGGACCUUAGUCACCCAGAUCUGUUGGCCCAAAUGGAGCAAGAGGCCGUGCGUCUCUCUGAGGAGAUCAGAGCAGAGUACUGGGCCGUGUCUGCCCUGUCAGGGGAAAGUGUGAGAAAUUUCUUUCUACGAAUCGCCUCGCUUACAUUUGAGGCAUCUGUAUUAUCUGAGCUGGAGAGGAAAUCUAGACAAGCCAGUGAUAUUGUCAAAAUCUCUAACAAUUGUGAUGAAAGUUAUAAGAAGAGGCAAUCUAGCUGCUGUCAUUGACUGAACGUAUGUUUAGACGGCGAUAGAAUUGAUACUGGAAGCCAAAAGCUGUCCCAAAAUGCCCUGACAGACAUCUUCAACAAAAUAAAACUACAGAGGACUUGUCCAGGGAGAUGAAAGAAGAGAAUUCUCAAGAAUUCACCUAAAAGUGAAGUUUGGAUUGCAAUGAGAAGUGUAUUAAUGAAUCGUGUUAGUUAUGAAUGUGAAAGCAUUGUGUCCGUAUCAUUAUUGUUAUUAUGUAGUUUUUCAUAGACUAGCAAAUAACCAAGAUCAAGUGAGUGAUAUUUUGCCCAAAAUCAUCUUCGCUUUUAUCCCGAGCAUGUCAUGAAGAGAUUUAAAUCUGUAUAAAGUACUUGCUGUCACUUAAUGGCAUUUCAGGUCUGUUAUAUAAAGCGACACAAAUCCCUGUGA